AUGCCGUCCGAGGAGUACAAGUCUGCAGGUGGUGGUGCCUUGCGCAUCAAGGGUGCCAAGGUCAAGAAGCACAAGAAGAAGAAGGACAAGACCUCUCUGGAAAAGAACCUGACCGAACCGAAGAAGGAGGAUUCCCAGGACAAGGAAGAGGAGGAGGAAGCAGAGCCAUCCAGGAGCACCAAGACGGAGGCCGAGCGGCGGUUCGAGGAGGCGCGCAGGAAAAGGUUGCUAGAGAAGGCGGAAACCUCCAGGCCGGAGCUCCUCAAGACGCACAAGGAGCGCGUUGAGGAGCUCAACACCUACCUUUCGAAACUAUCGGAACACCACGACAUGCCCAAGAUCGGUCCCGGCUAA